ACCUAUACCUCGCGUAGGCGAGGCCAAAAAGCUACCAUUUUUAUCACACCCAACUACAACUGAGCACACUGCACUCAUUGUUUUUGAGCUACAUAGCAGAUGGGAAGAAAUGACUUUAGAAAAUUUUAAGAGAGUCCUUAGUCAUUACUUUGGAUCAAAUGCUGAUCUCUUCAGUCACAUUUACUUUGAUUAUGGAUCACUCAUUGUUAAGAUGCUGAUACCAACCUCAAUUUUACAGUUUAUAACAGAUAUACUUAUUGCAAAGAGAAACUCAAUGAAUGGAAUUGGCAUUUUUAAAGUUGCUGUCAACGGAAAGACAGUUUUGAGCACAGAUAGCACUGAUAUUAAUUUUGAAAAGUCGCUUACGGAUUCAGGAGAUGAUUUUGAGGCAACAUUGUUGUUGAGGUUAGGAGCUAAUCCUUACGAUGAAGAUGCUCUAGGAUACAGAAGAAGAAGGCAAUUUGCUAUCAAUAGGGAAGAGGGGGUUAAUUUUGUGGUUCAACGAAUAUCUGAAAUAGGAGAUGAUAUUACUAUUAGAGAAAACUCACUCAUCAAUGUAUUGGCAGCAUCUGGAACAGUUAGCUACCAAUUUCUAGCUCUAGUUUUAGGCUAUUCAGGGAGACUUAUGCUAAGAAGUCGAAGCCUCAGUAUAGUUUCUGCUACUAUUUUUGGAGGAGUUUGUGGAAUGGCUGUCACUAGAUUUAUUAUAAAGAUUAAUGGUGUUGAUGGUACAUUUUUCUUGUGUUUUGCAGUAGGGGGCUCAGUUGGAGCAUUUGCAGGGACCACAGCUUUUGACAAAUUAAUGGGAUAUCCUGGUGGCCAUUCUCGCAGAGUUACUAGAUAUAGGAUUGCUGUAGAUGUUGCUCGUACAUUGUUGGGGAUAGGGUUAAUAUUAUUAUUAUUUAUUACUGCUAUAAGUGUGAGUUUCAGUAUGGCUGGCUCAUUUUUAAAUUUUCAUUAUAACUAUGAGACUCAUACUAUGUCCAUUUUCUUUGGAGCAUUAAUGGGAGCAGUAAGUGCUUUGACUGUAGGCCCAGAGCCAAUUAUUGGACAAAUAUCAUCAUCUGGUUAUGAUACAAGGUCUAGUGUUGGAUUGGGUGUUUUACGUGCUUGCAUUGGAAUAGGAACUGGAGCAAUGGUUGGAUCAGUUGCUCUUAGUAAUUUCAUUCCAUAUAACUAUUUCAAAACUGCAGCAAUUGUUAUGGGUGGUCUAAUUGGAGCUUUUAUUGGUUAUAAGUACUGUUCAAACCUUUUAUCUCAUUAUUAUUAAUAAA